ACUUCUUUCACUCAGGCGUGUCGGUUUGAUCCGAAGGACCAGUUGAAGGAAACAACUGAGCAUUGUCACUGUGAACCUGUGCUCGUCAUUCCCACGAUCCUACAAACGACCAACUCUCACGUCUGCUUUGGAAGUUGGCGGUAAGCUACUUCCGGUCCUAGUUCACAAACACAACCCACUUUUAGUUCAACCUCUGUCUAACAUCACGUCUCAACGGAUUUUGACCGCUCGUACUAGCGACCCCUAGCUGACUACUCCGCCAUGGGUGCUUUCUUAUCCUUCCUUAGAUGGCUCUUCACGGAUCCUGUUCCGAACCGAGGCGCCCCAGUUCUCUACCUUUCUGAUGAGCCUACCUAUACCGUUCGUAAACGACAUUCCCCAUACUCUGACUUGGACCAGAAGCCACUAAAGAAGGAUGGAAGCGGCGAAAGGGAAACACAAGUCGUCAGUAUGAGAGGGUUCUUUGCAACUCGGUGUCCUAGCUUCUUAAGACCGUACAAACCCACUUGGUGGCUUCCCAAUGGUCACUUUCAAACGAUCUGGUGUUCUCUGGGUGAUUUCUCCACUGUUGAUCCAGUCCAAUACACUCGUACCCUCCUACGCGUUCCGGAUGGAGGUACAAUCGGCCUUGACUGGGUCGAACAACCGAUUACGCCUGCAGAGGACAAGCCUUUGCCGGACGAUACCCCCAUAGUAGUUAUUUUGCACGGUUUGACGGGCGGAUCGUACGAGAGCUAUGUAAGGGCUAUAUUAGCUAAGACUUCCGCACCAGUGGAGCAAGGUGGACUUGGGUAUCGGGGAGUGGUGAUGAAUUUCCGUGGAUGCGCGGGUGUGAAGCUCACUUCACCGCAAAUGUUCUCUGGUGGCCAUACAGAAGAUAUCCGCACUUCGCUCCUAUACAUCCAAUCGCUCUACCCCAAGGCCCCCCUUCUCGGCAUUGGAUUUUCCCUAGGUGCUAAUGUCCUCACGAGAUACGUUAGUGAGGAAGGAGAGCAGUGCCGCCUGACCGCUGCAUGUGUCAUGGCCUGUCCGUGGGACAACCUCAAGAAUAGUGACAAACUCGAGAAGAGGUUCAUCAACCGCGCGAUCUAUUCGAAGGCUAUGGGUGGUACCCUUCUUGAGCUUUUCAACCGUAACGCAGUGGAACUUUCUGCAUUCCCCGAGCCAUCCGCUAUCACACCCCACUUGCCAAUUCUUCUCUCUCUCAAGUCGCCAGACUUCAUAACCGUCAAUAGUCACCUCACUAGCAUUGUAGGCGGUUCUUUCCCACCCUUUCCGUUCCCAACAGUACAAGAUUAUUACGUCUGGAGUAGCGCACAUGAAUGUUUAGAGACGAUUAGGAUUCCAUUUUUGACGAUGAAUGCAUUGGACGAUCCGAUCGUCGCGGAAAUUCCCCUUCACAAGGCAGGACUAAGUCCCUGGGUGGGAAUGUGUACUACUAAGAAUGGUGGACAUCUGGGUUGGUUCCAAGGGGGUGGGUUCCUUGGCAGAGGCGGACCACCAGAAAAAUGGAACGUGCAGCCUGUGGCGGAAUGGUGUCAGGCGAUUGCGGAAGAUUUCGUGGAUACGAGGUUGGAGGAAGGAAAGAAUAGGAAGGAGACGUAUCAUGAUGGUGAAUGGGUUAGGGAGAAGGGGAGCAGUAAGUUCGUUGGGUAUAAGGUCAUCGAGGUUGGAAGAGAAGUCCCAAUUAUCCAGCCCACCGGGCAGACUUGGGCUGGGCUCUAGAUCAUCAUAAAAUUUUGGAUACAAUCAUGUACGGAUAAUUCGUUUAGCCACUUAAUGUCAUGGAAUAACUCCCGCGUUAGUUCGA